AUGCCGCUGGAGGCGCAGGACGCCGCGUACGUGGCCCUGGAGCUGGCCGUCGCCGCGCUGUCGGUGGCGGGCAACGUGCUGGUGUGCGCGGCGGUGAGCACGUCGAGCGCGCUGCAGACGCCCACCAACUACUUCCUGGUGUCCCUGGCGGCGGCCGACGUGGCCGUGGGGCUGCUGGCCAUCCCCUUCGCCGUCACCAUCAGCCUGGGCUUCUGCACGGACUUCCACGGCUGCCUCUUCCUCGCCUGCUUCGUGCUGGUGCUCACGCAGAGCUCCAUCUUCAGCCUGCUGGCCGUGGCCGUCGACAGGUACCUGGCCAUCCGCGUCCCGCUCAGGUAUAAAAGUUUAGUCACUGGAACACGAGCAAGAGGGGUCAUUGCUGCCCUCUGGGUCCUUGCCUUCGGCAUCGGACUGACUCCAUUCCUGGGGUGGAACAGUAAAGACAGUGCUACCAACUGCACGGAGCCCUGGGAUGGAACCAUGAAUGAGAGCUGCUGCCGUGUGAAGUGUCUUUUUGAGAAUGUGGUCCCCAUGAGUUACAUGGUGUAUUUCAAAUUCUUUGGGUGUGUCCUGCCACCACUGCUCAUAAUGCUGGUGACCUACAUCAAGAUCUUCACAGUGGCCUGCAGGCAGCUUCGGCGCACCGAGCUGAUGGACCACUCCAGGACCACCCUCCAAAGGGAGAUCCACGCGGCCAAGUCGCUGGCCAUGAUUGUGGGGAUUUUCGCUCUCUGCUGGCUGCCAGUACAUGCCAUCAAUUGUGUCACUCUUUUUCAGCCAGCUCGGGCUAAGGAUAAGCCCAAGUGGGCAAUGAAUAUGGCCAUUCUCUUGUCACAUGCCAAUUCAGUUGUCAAUCCCAUUGUCUAUGCCUACUAGAACCAAGACUUCCGCUAUACUUUUCACAAAAUCAUCUCCAGGUAUGUUCUCUGCCAGACAGAUGUCAAGAGUGGGAAUGGGCAGGCCAGGGCACAGCCUGCUCUCAGUGUGGGCCUAUGA